AGAAAAAUGUUUUGCAAGGCAAACAUGAGUCGGAUAAACUCUGGAGUAAAGAAGGCUUUUAUGCUGUCAUAAUCUUUCUCAGCAUCUUUGUUGUUAUUGUGACAUGUCUGAUGGUUUUAUACCGAGUGAAAGAAAAAAUACAAUUUUCUGUGAGACAGGAUAAGAACAAAAAACAGGAAAUACACCUUUCUUCAGUCCCUCUACAAAGAACUCCAUCUGAAUAUAAGACAGCAAACAGAAUGGUCCAACCUGAACAGACCCAUAAAGUACUAAAUGUUGUAGUUGAUCCCCAUGGACAAUGUACCACUGAGAUCAAGCCUCCACUUUCUGCCAAUCCAUCACCUUUCAAAAUGAAACCAGUGGGGCUACAAGAAAGACGAGGAUCCAAUGUCUCACUCACCUUAGAUAUGAGCAUCUUAGGAUGUGCCGAACCUUUAAUAGCUGUGCCAACUCCAAGGGAAAAAGUAGCACUGGAGUAUCUACAGUCAGCUAGCAGAAUUUUGACCAAAGACCAAUUAAAAGAUGUAGUUUCAAGUUCUCAUUUACUUCAGACAGAAUUCAUGGAAAUUCCCAUGAAUUUUGUCAAUCCUAAAGAAAUAGACAUUCCUAGUUAUGGAACCAAAAAUCGUUAUAAAACCAUUCUUCCAAAUCCUGUAAGCAGGGUAUAUUUGAAACCAAGGAAUCCAGGGGAUGCUUUGAGCACCUACAUAAAUGCUAACUACAUCAGAGGUUAUGCUGGCAAGGAGAAGUCUUUCAUUGCAACUCAGGGUCCUAUGAUUAAUACUGUGAAUGAUUUCUGGUUGAUGGUAUGGCAAGAAGACAGUCCUGUUAUUGUUAUGAUCACAAAGCUGAAAGAGAAAAAUGAGAAAUGUGUGCUGUAUUGGCCAGAGAAGAGAGGAAUAUAUGGAAAAGUGGAAGUACUUGUUGACAAUGUGCAGGAAUGUGAGAAUUACACUAUCCGCAAUCUAACAUUAAAGCAAGGGAACCAGUCGAGGAAUGUCAAACAUUACUGGUACACUUCCUGGCCAGAUCACAAAACUCCAGUCAGUGCUCAACCUCUUCUACAACUCAUGUUGGAUGUAGAAGAGGACAAGAAGGCUUCAACUGGUAGAGGUCCUAUAAUUGUUCAUUGCAGCGCUGGAAUAGGAAGAACAGGGUGUUUCAUUGCUACUGCAAUUGGUUGCCAUCAGCUCAGGGAAGAAGGAGCUGUUGACGCAUUGAGUAUUGUCUGCCAACUGCGUUUGGACAGAGGUGGAAUGGUCCAAACAAGUGAACAGUAUGAAUUUGUUCAUCAUGCGUUGAAUCUGUAUGAAAGCAGGCUCUCUGCUGAAGCCGUCCAAUGAAGCCAAGAUGGAAAAAGUAAACAGGUCACUCUUUUUGGAGGUAAUUUAUUUCAUUACCUUCCAGCAACUUCUUCAAGGAGUUGUCAGCUGUAGAAGGAGAAGCAGAGCAUUCAACCUGUCAAAGGAAUGUGGAUCAUUUUUUUUAAAAAAAGCAUUGAAGAUUGAUGGACUCUUGCAUUGAAUGUAUUGUGAGUUCCUGACACAGUUUUAAUGAAGGUUAAUAUGCUGAUGUUACAUUGAAUUUUUCACACAUAUACACACAUGUACAUAUGUGUGUGUGUGUGCAUAUAUUAAGGAAGAUUUAUUUCUGUAUUAAUAGAAUAUGAAACACUGAAUGUAUGUAUGUAUGUAUAACAACUGGAUGUGAGAAAUUUCACGGAAGAAAUUUGUAUACAUGCUUCAAUGUUUGCAAAGUCUGUCUUGUGAAUAGCCAGUCAGAUGUUCAAUUGUACCUGUUAAGUACUACUCCCUAUUAUGUAGUAAACUUAAUUUGGAGCUCCUUGGAUUCUUGGUGGUAAAAUCCGCAAGGGGGUGGUUUUGAGUACUAAUAUCCACAGCAUCGUACAAAGGAAAAAUAAAUAAAUUUGUGGGUUUUUAAAUGAAUAAAAAUCAAUAACUAUUUUAUAUGAUGACCCUAGUAAAUUCUCAUAACUAUUUACUGCAAAUAGUGAAUAAUGUAAAACAUUGUGGAACACAAGGACCAUUUCCUGUGCAAAACCUAUCAGAAAAGAUGAAGUUAUUUUUUUAAAAAAGGGAUGCAUUUUAGUGAAGAUCGCUGGGUUCUUUUGAACUUCUAAUUUCAAUGCAGCUAGGUCAAGAGAAAUCCCUAAUAAAUUGCAUCCAAUGUCAUUUUGCAAUAGUUUUGCAUUUAUUCAAUACCAUCUACUGUGUUAAAAACUUUUUUGCUCCAGGACAGAAUUCUGUGCAUGUGUAACUCAUUCGAGUUUUACAAAUAAACAGAAAAGGAUCUUUGUAACAUAUAUUUAUAUAGUAAAUUUUUAAAUAUUUCUUUGCAAUUUCUUUUUAACUUUAAAAAAGCUGUAAACCUUCUACUCACAUGCGAGGUUGGAUGCCUGGAGAAACAAAAUCUUGAAAGCUUUGUUAAACAUAAGGCUUCUUUUUUUUUUUUUUCCUUGCCUAUUUGUUACAGGAAAAAAGAGCUGGCAUUUCACCUUCAACAAACUCAAGGGUUUUCAGCACACAAUUUAUUCAUAGGUUUCUAAAGCAAAUGAUGUUACCUUUGCUUCAUGUACUCAAUAAACUGCAUUUAAAGAUG